UGCAGAGCAAUAGUCUUAGAGAUUAAUAAAACUGGAGUUGGAACUUCAGGUCUCAUAUCCAAGGCUGCAUUUCUGUUUCCCUAUUGAAGACUGCAAAAGAAGUGGGAAGACUGCUGUUUUGCAGAGUAGUAGCCACAAGUGAACAGUCUAUGGGUAGCUCCUAUUUCUUUUAAGAUCUUCUGACUUCUUGCCCUGUUGAAUGCCAUCCCUGGCAUUUUUGCAAGAGUUUCUUGACUUCUUGGGAAAAACCUUUUAAUAGCUAGUAAUCUUUCUGAAAGCGGGCAUCAGUGCUGUUACACCUUAAAAUGCCAUACACUGAAUGACAUCCUUUAGGAUGUUUUUUCACAAGUGGAUUGGUUAUCUGUGCACUGAAUAGGUGACUGGUUCGUAACCUCAUGGGCAUUCUCAAGUUGCGCUGCCAUCUCUCCUAAAUCAAUCCUACAUUUAAAGGAUUAUUAUUUUUUUUUUUAAACUAAGACCAAAGAUGACUACAGAUGAGAGAGGGAUUUAAGCUAUUCAUCACUAAGCCUUCUGGCAAACAAAAUUUUUAUACUCUACCAUGCUCUACCCCUUCUAUAGUGAUGAUUCUAGUUCAUUUUCUUUGUGAAGCAAUUGAAAGAUCAUCAUGUUAUUCCCACUGCCAUUAAGAAUUUUCCUUAUAUUUGAACCACAAUUUGUUUUUCCUUGGGUAACAUCAUUGUAGACUAAAGAAGCAUGGCUUGAGGGAAUGAGGACAUUUAAGAUACUUGGUGAUAUUUUCUAGAAAAAGUGUACCACUUUGCUGAAUACCAGGAAUUUUUUGACUAUCACUUACUAAAGUUUUGGAGCUCAUGUUCUGUUUCAUAUAUUAAGCUUUUUCUGCUGAGGUUCUUCAUGGUCCUGUGAUAUUUUUGGCAUGUUUUUUAGGGAGCUCAAGUGUUUCAGGUUAUGUUAGGUCAUAUUUUGGAGAGUUUAGCUUAAGACAUGUAAGUUUAUUCAAAUGUAUUGACUUGGUCAGAGAAAAGUACCAAGCAACUUUCCUGUUUGUUUUUUUGUUUUUGUUCAGAGUUUUUCAUACUUAUGAAAAUCAUGGUUUACCUCUAGUAUGCUUCGAAAGUGUUUAAGCUUUUAUUGGUAGAGGCAGGGGAAAAGAUCACACAUCCUUUUACAGCAGUGAAGCAGAAGUAAAAAUUUCUGCAAUGAGUAAACGUAAGUCAAAGGAGAGCAGCAGUGCAAAUGGAGAAUGCAUUUCACAGGUACAAAGAAUUUUACGUGAAAGAUUCUGUCACCAUCAUGCUACUGGAAAACUGUUUGGGGUUGAACACCAGUACAGGCAUCUGCUAGAACUGCUGAAACGAACUACAGUUCAUGGAGAAAGUAAUUCUGCUCUCAUUAUUGGACCUCGAGGAUCAGGAAAGACUAUGUUACUAAAUCAUGUCUUAAAAGAGCUCAUGGAAAUAAAACAAGUUAGAGAGAACCUCUUGGAAGUUCACCUGAAUGGGCUUUUGCAGACUAAUGAUAAAGUGGCCCUGAAGGAGAUCACCAGACAGUUACACCUGGAAAAUGUGGUUGGGGAUAAAGUUUUUGGCAGUUUUGCUGAAAAUCUUGCGUUCCUUCUUGAAGCUUUAAGGAAAGGUGAUCGAACUAGCAGUUGUCCGGUCCUGUUUAUAUUGGAUGAAUUUGACUUGUUUGUUCAUCACAAGAAUCAGACGCUGCUGUAUAACCUCUUUGAUAUAUCCCAGUCAGCACAGACUCCAGUAACAGUUAUUGGACUUACCUGCAGACAAGAUAUCCUGGAACUCUUGGAGAAGAGAGUAAAAUCAAGGUUCUCCCAUCGACAGAUAUAUUUGAUGAAUUCCUUUGAUUUUAAACAAUACAUUAAAAUAUUCAAAGAACAGCUUUCUCUUCCUGCUGAAUUUCUUGAUGAGUCUUUUGCACAAAAGUGGAAUAAUAACAUUCAGCACCUCUCAGAAGAUAAAACUGUGCAAGACAUGCUGCAAAACCUUUUUCACUAUAGCAAAGAUCUGCGCUCACUUCACUUGCUGUUGAUGCUUGCUUUAAGUAACGUUACUGUGCAUCACCCACUUAUCACUGCAUCAGAUCUUCAUGAGGCAAGCAAGCAGUGUAGAAUGGACUCAAAAGCAAAUAUUGUACAUGGUUUGUCUGUCCUGGAAAUUUGCCUAAUUAUAGCUAUGAAACACUUAAAUGAUGUUUACGAAGGAGAACCGUUUAACUUCCAGAUGGUUUACAAUGAAUUUCAGAAGUUCAUACAAAGGAAGGCCCAUUGUAUGUACAACUUCGAAAAGCCAGUUGUCAUGAAGGCAUUUGAACACUUACUCCAACUGGAAUUAGUAAAACCUAUAGAAAGACCAUCUGUACGGGCUCAGAGAGAGUACCUACUAAUGAAACUGCUCUUGGACAAUAAUCAGAUCAUGGAUGCUUUGCAAGCAUAUCCAAACUGCCCGACAGAUGUUAAGCAGUGGGCAACAUCAUCACUUAGUUGGCUGUGAACUUUUUGAAACUAAUACAGUCACUUACUACAUCAAAACUUUUGGAGUUAACUCUACUCUAGAAGAUGUAACACUUACCUACAGUAGGGUGUUCCAGUUAAUAAAUUUUGGAAAGAACUGUUGGAAGCUUUCUCUUCUGCGCUUUGCUGAUUGGUUUGGGAUCUUAAGGCAAACUAUAAUCCUGUUAUCUUCUGGUUGCCAUAAAUUAGAUGCAUUCAGUUUAGCUUAGCUCAGCUCAGUGUAAAUCUUUCCUCUCACGCAAUUUUGACUUUGUAGAUAUCAAAGCAAUUGCCCUUUUGAGUUUCUUAAUCUCAAAUUAAGACUCCCUUAGCUACUGGCUUAGUGGCAUAAUACAGCAAAAGGCAGGGGGCUCAUGCCAUGAUUUUUGUGUGGUCUGUGUGGUCUCUCUGAAGCACAGAGUCAUUUCUAAUGCAAUUUAAGGCUGCUAUGUCAUGUAUUUUCUCUUCUCCAAUGUGUGAGUUGAGAUAUAAAACUUCAUUAAACUUCUAAUAAUCACAACUA